UUAGUAGUCUGUUUGUAUGUCAUGGUAGCGAAUAUGUCAGUUAUUUUGUCUCAAUAAUCUGUGGUUUAUUCAGUCAGCCAUGUUUAGUGUUUGAAAUGGUGGUAUUUCAAUUUAGUGAAUGUAAAAAAUAAGUUGUGAAUAUAAUUCAUUAUAUUAGACUUUCUAUAUUUGUGUUAGUGAAUUUUCGAUGUUUUUAGUGAAACUCGUGUGAUAUUACUAUCGUGACAAUGAAUUGGGGUACAGAGCUUUGGGAUCAAUAUGAUAACUUAGCCGCCCACACGCACAAGGGAAUCGAGUUCCUAGACAAAUAUGGUAACUUUGUAAAGGAUCGAUGCGCUAUAGAGCUCGAGUAUGCAGGAAAACUCAGGAGGCUCGUCAAAAGUUAUCAACCUAAAAGAAAAGAAGAAGAUGAAUACCAAUACUCAGCUUGCAAAGCAUUCAGACAGCUGCUGCAGGAGCUGGGCGACUUCGCGGGGCAGCGCGAGGUCGUAGCGGAGAACCUGCAGUCUAACGUCGUGCGAGAGCUGCACCUGCUUGCCAAGGAGCUAAGAGAAGAGAGGAAGCAACAUUUAAACGAAGGCGCCAAACAAGUGGCCGUACUCAACUCUGCUAUAGGCGCACUGGAGAGAGCGCGGCGGGCCUACGAGCGCGCCGCCCGCGAGUCCGAGAGGGCUAUCGAAACAUUCGACAAGGCUGACGCUGAUCUCAGUCUAAGUCGAGCAGAGUUGGAGAAACAGAAAGCGAACGUGAAGGCGCGAGGUCAGGCUUGCGAGGAGGCGAAGCAGGAGUACACGGAACAGCUGCGCAAGACUAACGAGGCACAGCGACAACACUAUGAACAGCGGUUGCCACAUGUAUUCAAACAGCUACAGGAUUUAGACGAAAAAAGAAUCAAAAAUAUAAAGAACUUCAUGUUAAGUUCUGUGGACGUCGAAAGGAAAGUCUUCCCUAUAAUAAUGCAGUGCCUUGACGGAAUGGAGACAGCCGCUAAUAGUAUUAAUGAAAAAGAGGACACCCAGCUGGUGAUAGAGAGGUACAAGUCAGGUUUCGUGCCGCCCGAGGAGUUCAGGUUCGAGGCGGCGUCAGGGCGGGACUCGCAGGAGCACGCGCCGCCGCAGCAUCACCUCACUGCGGCGCGCGGCACUGUCUCACACCGCGUCAAGAAACGAGGCGGACUGCUCUCCAUAUUCACCUCCAAUAAGAACAACAUGUCGAUGGAUGGAAAGGAGGAUUAUUCAGAUUUGCCACCGAAUCAGAAGAAAAAGAAACUACAAGCCAAAGUUCUUGAGUUAAACAAACAGGUUGCACAGGAACAAGCCGCUAUGGAAGGUCUCAUGAAGAUGAAAGGAGUAUAUGAAACAAAUCCUACCUUAGGGGAUCCGAUGACUGUAGAAGGUCAACUGAACGAGUGCUGUGACAAGCUGAAGAAGUUGCGGCAACAGCUGCGUAAAUACGAGGAGCUGCUGGCGGAGGCGCACAGCCAAGUGUGCGCACCACCGCUGCAUCCUGCAGCACGCACCAACGGCGCCGCGCCACCUGCACAGGCCAUCAGUAUCGGAUCAAACAGCGAAUCUCUGUCGCGGUCCGCGUCCGAGUCGUCAGUGAGCACGGGCACGGGUACGGGCACUACUGCGUGCGCAUCCGCCGCGCGCGUCGCCGGCGGAUCUCCAGAGUCCGGACUCGGCGGGGAGCUGGCCGCCGCACACGACCACGCCAACGGACACCACGACCAUCACGACCACCAUGACCACGACGACCACGACCAUCACGACCACGACGAGCACGACGCACACGACCACGAGUCCGAUAUUGAUUACUAUUACGAGCCUGAUCUACAGCCGCUCGGAUAUUGCAAAGCGUUAUACGCAUUUGAAGCAAACGGCACAGGUUCAACGAUGCGCAUGGAGUGCGGCGAGCGGCUGCUGGUGCUGGAGACUGACGCCGGGGACGGGUGGACGCGGGUGCGGCGCCAGCACACGCGCGAGGAGGGCUUCGUACCCACCACAUACAUCGCCACCACGCUCUACAUCCAGCUAUACAUGGUCCACGUUGCCGUACCGGCGGUGCACGCUCGGGCACAUUGA